GUCACGUGACCGUGUUCCCCGGUUGCACCAGCAGCUGACAGCGCUGUGUGAGGAAAGCUAACACAGGUACACAGGUGCACUGUUUUUUUGCCCGUCCGCUGAAUUUUACAGUCUAGCAGCUGAUGAAUUUAAAUCACAGGACAUCUGGUACAGGAGAACAGACUGAGAUGAGAGCCUUUCUGACACUUCUGUAUGUCUGCAUAUCGAUCCCUGUGAUCAGAGGCACCCUCUCAAAAACAGAUGCCAAGAAGUCCAGUGGUAAACUAACAGAGUCUGAGACAGCGGUAGCUGAGAGGCCGGUGCAGGAGCGGGGCCUGAUAGUGACAGAUCCCCAGUGGAGGGAUGUAGUCAGAGAAGAAAAGAGAUAUUGCCCUCACACCAUCUCAACACGCAACUUCCAGGGAACAGUUUUGGGCUACGUCACACCGUGGAACUCACAUGGCUACGAUAUUGCUAAGUUGUUUGGACCUAAACUGACCUCAGUAUCACCAGUCUGGCUGCAGCUCCGACGCCGUGGGCCAGAAAGCUUCCAUAUCACCGGACUGCAUGACCAUGACCCUGGUUGGGUUAAAGCUGUGAGGAAAGCAAAUAAGAAAAAUAAAAUAUUACCUCGGCUGUUAUUUGAUGGCUGGUCUUAUCAGGAUUAUAUGAGUGUGCUGGACAGUGAGGAUGAGAUUGAAGAGAUUGGAAGAGAGGUUACCGAAGUGGCAAAGGCUGAGGGAUUUGAUGGCUACACUUUGGAACUUUGGAGUCAGCUGGGAGGAAACAAAAGAAAGGAGUUGGUCCACCUGAUCACACACCUGUGCAAGUUCCUGAAGGCUGGGAAGCUUACCUGCAUUCUGGUCAUUCCUCCAGCUAUCAGUCCUGGGACAAACCAGGCGGGCAUGUUUGGGCAGGAAGAGUUUGAGAAGUUGGCUCCAGUUGUGGAUGGAUUUAGUUUGAUGACUUAUGAUUAUUCCACUCCUGGCAGGCCUGGCCCCAGUUCCCCUCUGCCCUGGAUGCGAGAGUGUGUGCUGAAACUUGCACCACAAACUCCGUGGAGACACAAGAUACUGCUGGGACUAAACAUGUAUGGCCUGGACUUCUCUAGCCAAGGUGGAGCUGAGCCUCUGUUAGGGGGCAGGUACACUGAUCUACUUAAGGAAGUGAAGCCUAAGCUACUUUGGGACGAGUACUCAGGAGAGCACUAUUUCAAUUACAGAAGGAGUAAUGGACUGAAACAUGUAGUCUAUUACCCAACUCUGAAGUUCCUCCAGUUACGAAUAGCACUGGCAGCAGAACUGGGCACAGGAAUUUCUAUGUGGGAACUUGGACAAGGCUUGGACUAUUUCUACGACCUUUUCUAAAUUGGACUGGGACCACUAAUGCACACAUGCACUCAUACGAACCAUGUUCCAUCUUCCAAAUGCUUAUGUGUUGCAGUACAUUGUUAUUUAAUAUAAAUCCAGUGCUAAGCAUGCCAAUAAAAUUAUUUUGUACUA